AUGAUGCUUGGGUUCGCGGCUCCUGUUCGACUGGGAAAUGGAGCAACGCAUGGUGGUGAGGGGGUCAUCCAUGAUCAUCAAGGUCGUUGGAUAGAGGGUUGUUUCGCUAGUGGAGAUGAUAGCAAUGCGUUCCAGGCUGAAGUUUUAGCUUUGUUGGGCAUCCUCAAGUUAGCUUGGGUCAAAGGCUUCCGCAAAGUUUAUUGUGAUGUCGACUGUGCUGAAUUGGUUGCAACCUUGGAGAAUGCAUCUGCUAUACAAUUGCAUGCAGAAUUCCUAGUUCUCUUCGAAAUUGCUAGCCUUUUGCAGCAAGCUUGGGAAGUCCACCUCUCAUGUGUUCACAUGGAUAGUAAUUUCGUAGCUGAUCUCUUGGCCAAGCGUGGUGCUUGUGGGGUUUCUUUCGGGUUUUAG